UGCAGUGCGUGAAGAAAUAUGGCGAGUGACGACGACAGAAAUCAUAGAAAACGAAAUUCCAGUCGCAAUGGAAGGCCAGAUUUGGUCGAAACAUGCUUUGGUGUUUGGUCAAAAAGUGUAAAAGUUCAUAAAGCCGUAGAGAAAGAACUAGAAAGUAUAUGCAAUGGUAUCCAUGUUGUGAAGAUCAGAGAAGGUGCUAACCUUACCAAAGAGGAACUUAGUAGAACAAGGGGACUUCUGGUUGCGGUUCGUGCAACAGAUACACCUGUUGGGCAAAGCAGUCCCAAAGUUUAUGAUCAUACAUACAUCAGAGUUGAAAGAGAUGAAGCUGAAGAUAAACUUCAGGAGAAUGAUAACAGUCAUGCAAAUGAAGCAAAAACUACGGAGGAGCAUGGUGAAUCUCUAACAAAAAGAGUGAAAGAUGUUAUAAAGAAAACAACUCCCGAGAAAGUUGAGAAAGGGAAAGAUGUUGAGCAGAAAAGGAGAGAAAUUAAGCAGCAAAGACAUGAAAAGGAAAAUGAACAGAGAGAAGAAAAACUUGGUGUGAGACCUGAAGAAAUUUUGUGGAUUGGAUUUCGCAGCAUUAUGGAUAGAUUUGCAAACUGCUAUGAAAUAAGUGGAAGGAUUCUGUCUUACUGUCACCCGAUUGAGAAAAUUGGCCAGAUUGUUGGCUUUGCAGAAAGGUGUAUAAAGAAUGCUGGAAGAAAAUUUGUGGAGGGCAAUGAUGAUAAGAAAAAGAAAUGAUGAAUUGUAAUUAUCUGAUAUGGUGAAGGACAGGUAUUUCAGGGACAUGUACGGUGAAAAUUAAGGAGAAGUCACCUCCUUAAGUUUUGUGCAUGGUACUCUCUAGGCUCAGAGGGGUAGCUGUGGAGGAAUUUUUCUGAGGGAGGGAUCAUAGGUAUGAAUUUCUGCACCCCUUACAUGUAUUUAGUAAAUAAACUCCUUCACGCAACUGAGAAAUAACCAAAAACUUAAUAAUUCAGAGGUGGAGCUUCAUGGGCAAUUUUAAAAUUUUGAGGACAAUCUCUCAGUCAAGGACGUUUUGGGACAACAAACCAGUAAGUCAGAAAGGAGUCGUCAGUGAAAGUGAAACUCUUUAGCUUUUGGGUUGCCGUGCCUCAGGUAUUAAUUUGGGCUAUUAUUUAUUAAGUGCCAAGAAGAAAUGGCAAAUGAGUAUCUGCAUGUACACUGUAGCACAAUAAGAUUUUCCCAAUGAAGAUUCUUUGGAUUUGGGUGUGUUUGCAAACCUGAAUUUUAAGAUGAACAGAUUAUGUUAUUGAGAGCUGGGUGUUUGAACCUAAUUGGGAAUUAUGUUAAUUCUUUUGACAAGGCAUUUAUUAUUGACAGAACUUGACAGUAUAACAUAAGAUCGAUUAAUGUGAAAGUCAGAACACUCUUAGCACCAGAAAUAUUUAUGAAAUGUUAUGAUCUGAUUUGACCUCAGAUAACAUAACAGAAAAAAGGAGGAUUUUUGAGUUCGAAUAUAGCAAUAAAAAUGCCAUAUUUCAACCACGUAAAUUCUUGUAAAGUGUAACAAGUUGGUGAGAAAGAUAAAAACAUAAAAUUGGUACAUAGCAAAAAAAAUA